CUAAAACAAACCCAGCAAAAUAUUCAAUCGGCGUUGCAUGAAUCAUCUUCACAUUAAUAUCUUUGGGCAUAUAAUCCGUUUCAAACUACGUAAUUUCCCGUCUUAUUUAUUUAUUUAUUUAUUUAUUUUUCUCUCUAUUAUGUCACGAAACCACCAAGAAGCAAAAAUGCAUUGUUCCCAGAAUCACUUCUCUCUCUCUCUCUCUCUCCGAACGCAUGAUUAAAGAGGCCACCCUCCCCAUAUGACGUGUCACUCAUUGAUUGGUUCAUUACCUCUCGUCGGGAUUCAUACCAACACACCAAUAAACGAUACCAGUCACUCUCACACACACUACUCAUUUUCUCUCUCUACCAAAAAACUUUCCCUCACUUCCUCUCACAAUCUGUGUUUUUCUCGCUUCACAAAUUCCCCCAAUUUCCUCCUCUUUUCUACCUCCUUUUCUCCUGAAAUUCGCACGUUCGUAACCGGCAAUGCACGAUCUUCCUUAAGAAUGCAAUUUUGAUAUUCGAUUUUUUCGGAAAUGCUUAUUGAAGCAAUGGAGAGUUCAGUGAAUGGUGGAUUCUCUCAUUUGCAGAGUGGUGAUAGUAGUGAAGAAGAGCUUUCUGUGCUGCCACGUCAUACCAAAGUUGUUGUUACCGGAAAUAACCGUACCAAAUCGGUACUCGUUGGUCUUCAAGGUGUCGUUAAGAAAGCCGUUGGAUUAGGUGGAUGGCAUUGGCUGGUUCUUACGAAUGGUAUUGAAGUGAAGCUACAGAGGAAUGCUCUUAGUGUGAUUGAAGCACCCACUGGUAACGAAGAAGACGAUGACCUUGAAUUUGAUAAUGUGCAAUGGAAUGGAUCAGAUUUGGCAUCGGACGACACACACAAAUCCCACAAAUCGAGGCACAGAAUGCAUAGAUCAUUGGGAUCAUGUCACAAGACCAUGAGUAGGUCCUUCUCUGGUGAUUCACAGUCUAAGGGGUCCGUUUCUAUGCCUCAUGGGUCCACGAAGGUUGACUUGAGCAAACUUGAAAUGGCUGCAUUGUGGAGAUAUUGGCGACAUUUUAAUCUUGUGGAUGUUGUCCCUAAUCCAUCAAAAGAGCAGCUAGUAGAUGUUGUUCAGAGGCAUUUCAUGUCCCAGCAAUUGGACGAGUUGCAGGUAAUUGUGGGUUUUGUCAAAGCUGCAAAGAGGCUCAAGACGACUAUGUGCAAAUGAGAUUGGAAUGACGCGAGAAAUGAUGAAACACAUUAAGUUAUAUUGCUGUCUAUGCUAACAAAGAUAAUGUAUCUAGUUUUCACUUCCCUUCGUACUAUGUAACAUAUUAAUCGGGGAUUUCUAUCUUUUCUGGUAUAGUAGUAGGUUAAUAGUUUGAGGUUUAUAGAGGUACUUACUCUUCCGUGACCAGUUAUUAUGUAGAUAUAUGUGACCUUGAAACUGGAUCAUUAGGGAAGUCUUCAAGGCUUUCUUUUCAAAGUUUGAUUCAAUGUAUUGCUGACCUGGGAAGUGGGAUUUUAGAGACCUUGUAAUGUAUAUAUAAAUAUUUUAGUUUCUCCUCAGAUGAAUUCUUCAAUGUUCA